AUUAUCUCUCACCAAAACCAAACAAAAACUCCAUUACCAAAUAAAGAAAACCACGGCACAAGUUUACACACAGCCACAAAAUCACUCCCUCUCUCACAUCAAAGAUUACCAGCUAUGCCAAUUGAACACAACUUCACCCUCUUCACAUAACUCCAGAAAAAAACUCAUUUUCCCUGUAAUUAAUGGAGUCAUUGCCAUUGUUAUACCGAGCUCCACACCCUCCAACGACAUCGUUUAAGGCCUCCAAUUAUGGGUCCUUUUGCUUUGACUGUUUCAUCCCAAAGUCAACCCUUUGCAGGAGGAGAAUCAAGUAUGGCGCAAGUGUUGUGAGAGCUUCAGUAGACCCAGGUAGUAGUAGUAGUAGGAGAGAGAGGGUUGAUGGGAUUGAAAGAUCAGACGGUGUAGUAGGAGGGUAUACUGGAUCAACUAUGGAAGUUACCACAUUUAAUCAGAGCUUUGGGGAUGCUGCUAGUGCUACUGCUGCUGAUUUUCCUGUUUGGGAUAAGAUUGGUGCUAUUGUUCGGCUUAGCUAUGGAAUUGGCAUUUAUGGUGCUAUGGCUCUAGCUGGGAACUUCAUAUGCUCACUUUCCGGAAUAGACAGCUCCGGUGGUUUUCAACUGUCAUUUGAUGCCAUUAUUCAAGGACUUGGAUAUGCAACUCCCCCGAUUAUGGCUCUUCUGUUCAUACUAGAUGAUGAGGUUGUAAAGCUGUCACCCCAUGCUCGUGCAAUAAGGGAUGUGGAAGAUGAGGAGCUUCGAAGCUUCUUCUAUGGAAUGUCGCCAUGGCAGUUUAUACUCAUUGUUGCUGCAAGCUCAGUUGGAGAAGAGCUCUUCUAUCGAGCUGCUGUCCAGGGUGCUCUUGCUGAUAUAUUCCUCAGGAGCGGUGACUUGGUAACUGAUGUUCGCGGAAUGGCAGCUCUGGCCGGUAUGCUACCCCCAUUGGUACCAUUUGCUCAAGCAUUUGCAGCAGUCAUUACAGCUGCCCUUACAGGUUCUCUAUAUUAUAUAGCCGCGUCACCUAAAGAUCCCACAUAUGUUGUAGCGCCUGUUUUACAAUCUCGCUCAGGCCGUGAGGAUUUGAAGAAGCUUUUUGCAGCCUGGUAUGAACGGAGACAAAUGAAAAGAAUAUACUCGCCCCUAUUGGAAGGAAUUUUGGGUCUUUACCUUGGAUUUGAAUGGAUCCAAACAAAUAACAUCCUAGCGCCUAUCAUCACACACGGGGUAUACUCGGCAGUUGUUCUAGGGCAUGGCUUAUGGAAAAUCCAUGAUCACCGGUGCAGGUUACGCCAGAGAAUCCAGCAGCUAAAAUCAGAAAAGAAAGACAGUGCCUUUUGAAGAGCUUGCUACUUUGCUAGUUUUCCCUUUACCAAACUGUAUAUUACUAUCAUAGACUCAUUAAAAUAAAUCCUCAAUACGUAACCAAUAUCACAGGAAUUACAGUUGUAUAGAGUUUAUGUAUAUAACUAUAGAAGUGAAAUGAUGUAUACAAUAAUACAAACUACAAGUAACUACAGUCUACAAAGGGUUUGUGAUAAUAUGAAUGUCCAUUUAACGCA